AUGUUGCAGAGAGCAGCGAGCAAUGCGUAUUCAUGGUGGUGGGCCAGCCACAUCCGCACAAAGCAAUCCAAAUGGCUCGAACACAAUCUUCAAGAUAUGGAAGAGAAAGUAGAGUAUACUCUUAAGAUCAUAGAUGAAGAUGGAGACACAUUUGCCAAAAGAGCUGAGAUGUAUUACCGUAAAAGGCCAGAGAUUGUCAAUUUCGUCGAAGAGGCUUUUAGAUCAUACCGUGCAUUAGCCGAACGCUACGAUCAUUUAUCAAGAGAGCUUCAAAGUGCAAACCGCACAAUCGCCACAGCUUUCCCUGAGCAUGUUCAGUUUCCUCUAGAGGAUGAUGAUGAAGAUGGAAAUAGAGAUUACGAAGGAAAUAAACCGCCUAAGCAUCUUCAUCUAAUCCCCAAGGGAAGCAACAUCCCUGAAGUCCCUGAGAUUCCAAAGAAAGAAUUCAGGAGUCCGUCUAUGAUGUUGUCAAGAAAAGGACCGGCUGGUCUUAAAAGGACAGUGUCCACUGCAAUGGCGAAGCGGGAAGCUGCGGCGAUGGUGAGCUCGGGGUUGAGUAAAGAAGAGGGCUUGGAGGAGAUUGAUAAGCUUCAGAAAGGGAUCUUGGCGUUGCAGACGGAGAAGGAGUUUGUGAGAAGCUCUUAUGAGCAGUCUUAUGAGAGGUAUUGGGAUUUGGAGAAUGAAGUGACUGAGAUGCAGAAGAGGGUUUGUAGUUUGCAAGAUGAGUUUGGUCUUGGCGCUGCGAUUGAUGAUAGUGAAGCUAGGACGUUGAUGGCGAGCACUGCUUUGAGUUCUUGUAAAGUGACACUUGGUAGGCUUCAGGAGAAGCAGAAGCAAUCUGUUGAACAAGCUGAAGUUGAGAAAGAGAGGAUCAUUACUGCUAAAGAGAGAUUUUAUGCAUUGAGGAACAGAUUUGAGAAGUCAGAUGAUUAUUAUGUUGCCAAGACAGAAGCACAAGAAGAACAAGAACAAGAAGAAGAAGCUGAUGUAGUUCAAGAACCGAGCUAUGAGUCUGAGAGAGAAGAGUCAAACGAGAAUCUGACUGUUGUGAAGCUUGCGGAGAAGAUUGAUGAUCUUGUGCAGAGAGUUGUUUCGUUGGAGACAAAUGCUUCUUCUCACACUGCCUUGGUGAAGACGUUAAGAACAGAGACAGAUGAGUUACAUGAACAUAUCCGCGGUCUGGAGGAAGACAAGGCGGCUCUUGUUUCGGAUUCGACGGUUAUGAAACAGAGGAUAACCGUUCUUGAAGACGAGCUGAGUAAAGUGAGAAAGCUGUUCAAGAAAGUGGAAGAUCAGAACAAGAAUCUACAGAUUCAGUUCAAGGAAGCUAAUAAGACUGCUGAUGACUUGUCUGGCAAGUUACAAGAUGUGAAGAUGGAUGAAGAUGUUGAAGGAGGCGGAAUCUUCCAGAGAGUUGUUUCAGGAUCAGAAGAUUCUCACUCGAAGGAGACACAAAUGAGGAAGAAAGCUGCUGCCGUUUUAGUCAAAGAGAGUGAAGAAGAACACAGUGAAGGAGGUCAAGAAGAGAAACGUGAGGUUAAAGACUCUUUCGCUUUAUCAGAAACAGCAAGCACUUGUUUCGGGACAGAAACAGAAGAUCUUGUAACGGAAGACGAAGAUGGAGAGACACCAAACUGGAGGCAGAUGUUACCAGACGGCAUGGAGGAUAGAGAGAAGGUUCUGUUAGAUGAGUACACAUCAGUACUAAGAGAUUACAGAGAAGUAAAGAGAAAGUUAGGUGAAGUUGAGAAGAAGAACAGAGAAGGUUUCUUCGAGCUAGCAUUACAGUUGAGAGAGCUCAAGAACGCUGCUGCUUACAAAGACGUAGAGAUUCAGUCUCUACGCCAAAAGCUCGACACGCCUGGGAAAGACUCUCCGCAUCAAGCAGAAGGAAACAACAGUUUGGAACAUGAUCAAGGACAGAGAGAGAGCGUGAGCAUUUCGCCGACUUCUCUCUUUUCGGUUUCCACUACGCCUCAUCAUCAAGGAGGAGAUGUUAAGAGAACACCAGGGAGAACAAAGUCAGCUGAAGUUAGAGUGAAGUUUGUAGAUGUUAACGACAGUCCAAGAAGCAAGAUACCAACUGUGGAAGACAAAGUUCGUGGUGAUAUCGACGCGGUGUUGGAAGAGAAUCUCGAGUUCUGGCUAAGAUUCAGCACGUCUGUGCAUCAGAUACAGAAGUACCAGACAACAGUUCAGGAUCUGAAGUCAGAGCUGUCGAAACUGAGAAUCGAAAGCAAGCAGUCGCAAGAAUCUCCAAGAAGUGGUGGUAAUAACUCUGCAGUUGCAUCAGAGGCAAAACCUAUCUACAGACAUCUCAGAGAGAUUCGAACAGAGCUACAGUUGUGGCUAGAGAACAGUGCGGUUCUUAAAGACGAGCUCCAAGGAAGGUAUGCAUCACUAGCUAAUAUCCAAGAAGAGAUUGCGAGAGUCACGUCUCAGUCAGGUGGUAGUAAAGUAAGUGAUUCAGAGAUUAGUGGUUACCAAGCUGCAAAGUUCCAUGGAGAGAUACUUAACAUGAAACAAGAGAACAAAAGGGUCUCGACCGAGCUUCAGUCUGGUCUUGACCGUGUAAGAGCGAUGAAAACCGAAGCGGAGAGGAUUCUGAGUAAAUUGGAAGAUGAUCUUGGGAUCACAAGUGCAACAGAGGCAAGAACAACUCCGAGUAAGAGCUCGUCGAGUGGGAGACCGAGGAUUCCAUUACGGUCGUUCUUGUUCGGUGUCAAGUUAAAGAAACAUAGUAAACAGAAGCAAUCUGCGUCAUCUCUCUUCUCCUGUGUGAGUCCAUCACCAGCUCUGCAAAAACAGUCUAGUUACAUUAAACCUGGAAAGCUCCCUGAAUAA